GUUAAGAACGGACCUCCAGAAUGAGUUAAGUUCUUAACCUGAGGUACCACUGUACUUUUAAGUCCAAAUGUAUACUUAUGUACAUUUCUUGGAUAAAUUUAGACUAGAGGUAUCCCUCGUAGAAACCCAAAAGAAAAGGAUGCAGACUCCAAGUCUUUAUUGAUAGGCCUUUAUUGAAAUGCAAAUAAUGCAUAGGACAGCCUCAACAAUUAGCAAUAGGCUGUAAAUAACCACUUCAAAAGCAAUGGUGUUUUUUAUACACUUUCUGAUUACACACAUGGUUUCUAUUCACCAAUCAAAGGAUCACAGCAAUCUUAAUAGAUGCAACCCAGUGUCAUCUUCCUGAACCAAUCAAAAUCAUUUAGCUCUUCAGAUCAGUUCUUAUCAUAAUAUAAUGUGAUUACACACAAACUAUUUUCAAUGUCUUUCUUUAUUUUCCUAUUCAUUAAACGUCUCCCAGUAUCCUCUUUCAUCUGUCUAUUGCCUAGCCAGUUCUCUUUCCAUGCAUACAAUAGCCACCAUAGAGUCUAACAGUUUAUCCUUUUCAUUGUUCUGGAAUGGACAUUCACUACCUACAGUACCUAAAAGCAGCUAGUUUUGAACUGUAAAAGGUAGGCAGGUACAGACCUUUUCAGUUUAGUGAGGCCAUAGACUCAAAAGAAAAUGGAAUCAUCAAAAUGAUACGGUAUGAAAUUAUUUUCUCCAUCACAUUUUAUAUAGCUUUAAAUUAGAGAGUCACAAUGAAAUCCUAUGUGUGUCUAUUCAGAAGCAAGUUCCAUUGAGUUCAAGUAUGAAGAGGUACAGAACUGCAACCUCAGCUUGAUCAGGUGAGAAGGGCUGUGCACGUAGAUUGCUCCCUCACACAGUGUAAAAAAAGAUAAUGUUGCAGCCUUUCUCAUUUCAGUAUCCUGUUGUGAUUUUGAAGCACCCGUCAUCAUCGUUCUCUUGACCAAGGAGAAUAAAUUAAACGAAUUCUCCCCCUUUCUCUUAAUCUGAUUAUCAUAUGUUUGAUUGGGGGAAGGGGCUGGCAGGAGGGGGGAGGUUAAGCUUCCUUAAGUAUUGUCCAUUUACUAGCAUUCCAUAUUAUGGGUUGCAAAAGGAGAAUGUGGAAAUCUAUAGGAAGAAAGUAAGGCAGUAUUUAGAAAUUAUGUGGGAAAGCCAAAGGUGCCACCUUUGUAGAAUAAGCUUGCCUCUUUUUCUGCUGUGAAUAUUGCAGUGUAUGUAAGUUCUGGAACAAGUGCUGGGAUGGGAAUGGAGAGGGAGAUUUGAGCUGACAAUGGGGUUUGGGGCAGGAGAAAAUAUGCACAUACCUUAAUUUAGACUGGGAGCGGAAACUUUGCUGGUCUCCUUGUAUAUAUUCACAGGUACAUUGGCAAGAUGGUUUUUGCAAAUACGCAGCAAGACCUGAACACAGAUUGAAUUUGUUAAUUUUCUGUGACUUGUCGUCUGUUAACUUACUCAGAGCAGGCCCAUGACAAAAUAAGAUCCAGUAAUUUCAGGGAGUCUACUCUGAAGUAACAGUUUGUUGACUACAAUCCUAUAUUUACCCAAAGGUCCCAGAGCUUAUAGUUGUAAGGACAUAUUUGGCUACAUACAGACAUGAACAAGUUCCUGAAGAUACUUCAUCUACUUUAUUUUGCAGCAACUGGUACCAUUUGAGAACAAUCACAUUUAUCUUAAGUACUGUUGAGAUAAAAUAGAAACUAGUGUAGCCUAAAUUGCUCUGUAGCCAUCAUAAUGCAAACAGUUAUAAACCAGACUCUUUAGAUGGCAAUAGAGAUGCACAAUAAACUCUUGAAAAAUCUGAAUUUGUUUUCAUUGGAAAGGUUUUAUUUUGAACCCUACUGUUGUUGAAACUUGAAACAAGUGACGUGAAUGUUAAUCAUUUCCCUAAUGUGGUAUAUAAACUUGAAACCAGAUUGUGUCACAUGAUUCUGAUUACCAGGUGAUAGUCUCUUCAGUUUAAUUGCAGUACAAACAUUUCACCAGUUUUCAGAGGCCAUCUCUUUUCCAUCUCAUUAAAGCUUUUAAGUGCAAGUCCAUGGAAAUUUGUAAUCAUUGCUUUUCGGCAUUGUUUCCACUAGUUGCUAGUGCUAAGCAAGCUUUAUCUGAUUGGGAAUGAGAUGGAAACUUCAGACUGAGAUCCAGUGGCUGAAGGCUACAAAAACGUUACGUUUUAGUGAUCAGAAUGAAGUCCCAGAAAUCUUGGAUUGAAGGUGUCUUCUGUAAAAGAGAGUGUGCAAGAAUCGUGCCAAGUUCCAAAGAUCAUCACAGAUGUCCCGCAAGAUGCCAAGUGUGCCAGAACUUAAUUCGGUGUUGUUGUGGACGACUAAUUGGUGACCAUCCUGGGAUUGAUUGUUGCUGGCCCAUCUGUCGGUCUGCACAAGAAGUAGAGAACAGGGAAUGGUGUGUCCAAAGGGACACAAAGACAAGUCCAACUGAUGCAUUUGGUACUAUCAAUUUUCAAGACAGUGAUCACACUUACCAUGCCAAGUAUAUUAGAACUUCUUAUGAUACCAAGGUGGACCAGUUGUUGCAACUCAUGGUGAAAGAAUGGCAGAUGGAAUUGCCCAAACUGGUCAUUUCUGUUCAUGGUGGCAUCCAGAACUUCAAACUUCCAUCUAAACUUAAGCAGCUUUUGAGCAAAGGCUUGGUCAAAGCUGCUGAGACCACAGGAGCAUGGAUACUAACAGAAGGCAUCAACACUGGUGUGUCUAAGCAUGUGGGAGAUGCCUUGAAACUCCACGCCUCUCAGUACUUAAGAAAGAUCUUGGCUGUUGGAAUCCCCCCUUGGGGGAUCAUUGAGAACCAGAGGGACCUCAUUGGAAAAGAUGUAGUGUGCCUGUAUCAGACCCUGAGCAACCCUCUCAGCAAGCUGAGCACCCUGAACAGCAUGCAUUCCCAUUUCAUACUGGCUGAUGAUGGCACCGUGGGCAAAUACGGCAAUGAGAUGAAACUCAGGAGGAAUCUAGAAAAAUACCUGUCACUCCAGAAAAUACACUCUAGAAUGGGACAAGGAGUGCCCUUAGUUGGGCUGCUGGUGGAAGGUGGUCCAAAUGAGAUCCUGACCGUGUGGGAAUAUGUGAGGGACAAGCCGGCUGUCCCUGUAGUAGUUUAUGAGGGAACUGGGCGAGCGGCCGACCUUCUCGCUUUCACCCAUAAGCACACAGCAGACAUGACGAAUUUGAGCCCUCAGCUUAAGGAAGAGAUAUUAUUAAUGAUUCAGAACACCUUCAGUUUGGGGCAGAAACAAUCCCACCACUUAUUUAAAAUGUUAAUGGAGUGCAUGGAACACAGGGAUUCUAUAACCAUAUUUGAUGCAGAGUCGGAUGAGCAUCAGGACAUUGAUUUGGCAAUCCUGACUGCACUCUUAAAAGGAACAAAUAUGUCCGCUCCAGAUCAGCUAAAUCUGGCACUGGCCUGGAACAGACUGGACAUUGCUAAGAAGCAUAUAUUGAUUUAUGGACAGCACUGGAAGGUUGGGUCCCUGGAACAAGCAAUGCUUGAUGCUCUGGUGAUGGAUCGGGUAGAAUUUGUGAAGUUGCUAAUAGAACAUGGAGUGAAUCUGCACCGUUUUCUUACCAUAACCCGAUUGGAAGAACUGUACAAUACUAAACAAGGGCCAACAAAUCAUCUUCUGCAUCAUCUUGUUUGUGACGUGAAACAGAGUACUCUUCCUGUGGAUUAUAAAAUAUCUCUGAUUGAUAUUGGAUUGGUAAUAGAAUACUUGAUUGGUGGAGCUUAUCAGAGCAGCUACACAAGAAAGCAUUUCCGAGUUCUGUACAAUAGCCUUUACAGGAAACGUGAGAGAGUUGUCUCCAGCUUGACGCAGAACUUCUCCCUUCAUCAUAAUAAUCAUAUGAGGAGUAGAAAUGGAUCUGAUGAAAACACCUCACAUUCCCAAUUCAUUCGAACAGCACAGCCAUACAAAUACAAACAAAAAACAGCUGUUCUUCACAAGACUAGAAAGAAGCUAAAGGAUGAAUUUACUGUCUCUGAUGACCAACAGUCAGUUGGGUUUAUAUACCCAUAUAAUGAUCUCUUGGUUUGGGCAGUAUUGAUGAAAAGGCAGAAGAUGGCCAUGUUCUUCUGGCAGCAUGGAAAGGAAGCCAUGGUCAAGGCUGUGGUGGCUUGCAAACUCUACAGAGCGAUGGCACAUGAAGCUAAGCAAAGCAACAUGGAGGAUGACACGUCAGAAGAGCUGAAGAAGUAUUCAAAUGAGUUUGGGCAGCUGGCUCUAGAUGUGCUGGAUAAUGCUUUCAAACAAAAUGAGCAGAUGGCCAUGAAACUGCUAACAUACGAGCUGAAGAACUGGAGUAACUCAACAUGCCUGAAGCUGGCCGUGUCAGUGGUAUUGCGACCCUUUGUAUCUCACACAUGCACACAGAUGCUGUUGACUGAUAUGUGGAUGGGACGCCUGAAAAUGAGAAAGAACUCCUGGUUUAAGGUGAUCCUAAGCAUUCUUCUGCCUCCUACCAUCUUGAUGCUGGAGUUUAAAAGCAAGGCUGAAAUGUCUCAUGUACCUCAGUCACAGGAGUUCCACCAGUUCACAUGGUAUUAUGGUGAUCCUAACGCUUCCAGUGUUAAAGAUAACGUCUCAUUGAGCCAUUAUGAUUUAGAGAAAGGAGUUGAGAAGCAAGAGGAAAACCAGAAUUUUCCCGGCAAUAAUGAGCAGGGAAGCCUUCCUGCAACUAGGAAAGUGUAUGAAUUCUACAAUGCUCCAAUUGUGAAGUUCUGGUUUCACACGAUGGCCUAUUUAGCAUUUCUCAUGCUGUUCACUUACACUGUCUUGGUGGAGAUGGAACCAACACCCAGUGUGCCAGAAUGGCUUGUGAUCAUUUACAUUUUCACCACCUCCAUUGAGAAAGUCAGAGAGGUAUUUAUUUCGGAGCCGGGAAAGUUCAGCCAAAAGGUGAAAGUGUGGAUUUAUGAGUACUGGAACUUUACAGAUUCUAUCGCCAUUAUCUUGUUCAUGACUGGUUUUGGCUUGCGCUGGGCAGAUCCUCCCCUUCACACAGCAGGAAGGUUAAUUUACUGUCUGGAUAUAAUAUUCUGGUAUACUCGGCUUCUUGACUUCUUUGCUGUGAACCAGCGUGCAGGUCCAUAUCUGACAAUGAUUGGGAAAAUGACAGCAAACAUGUUUUAUAUUGUAAUUAUGAUGGCCAUAGUAUUGUUAAGUUUUGGAGUUUCUCGAAAAGCAAUACUCUCUCCACAUGAGCAGCCUUCAUGGAGCCUUGCACGAGAUAUUGUAUUUCAGCCUUAUUGGAUGAUGUUUGGUGAAGUAUAUGCAGGGGAAAUUGAUGCCUGUGAAGCAGACCCCAACUGUCCUCCUGGUUCCUUCCUCACGCCAUUCCUUCAAGCUGUCUAUCUCUUUGUACAGUACAUCAUCAUGGUCAAUCUGCUGAUUGCUUUCUUCAAUAAUGUUUAUUUUGAUAUGAAGUCCAUAUCGAACAAACUCUGGAAAUACAACCGGUAUCGGUACAUCAUGAUGUAUCAUGAAAAGCCAUGGCUACCACCGCCUUUUAUCAUACUGAGCCAUAUUGGCAUCCUCAUAAAUUGCCUUUGCCAUCGCCGGCUGCCAAAUGAGCUGGACCAAGAAGAGGGGCAUGUUGAACUGAAGCUGUAUCUGAGUGAUGAGGAAUUGAAAAAACUUCAUGAUUUUGAAGAGCAGUGUGUGGAAAAGUACCUGCAUGAGAAGAAUGGAAGCUUGCAUUCCAGUGACAGUGAAAGGAUUCGUGUGACAACUGAAAGAGUGGAAGAGAUGUUUUCACAACUGAAGGAGGUACAUGAGAAAGUAUUUUAUGUCAAAGACGCUUUGCUUGCCCUGGAUAGCCAGCUCGGACACUUACAAGACCUCUCUGCUUUAACCGUCGAUACGCUUAAAGUCAUUUCAGCUGUGGACACUUUGCAAGUAGAGGAGGCCCUUCUUGCUCACAAGAAGCAUCAAACCUACAGGAAGCUUCCCCAUAGCUGGAGCAAUUCCAUGUGCUCUAAGGCUUUGGGCAGUAUGGAAAGUGUGUGUGAUAAGAAGUAUAAUUACUACAGCAUGCCACCUUCUCUUCAGAAAAGCUUGGCCAGGACACAUUGGCCCCCGGGGGCUCGUCGUGGCAUUCUUGGUGCCCUGGACUACAAAGAGAUCAAAUCAAUAAGCAAACACCAGGAGCAAGAAAUUGAAAACGACACACUGACCUCUGGGGUAUCGUCAGAGUGUAAAUCAGCCCCUAGAUAUGGACAAUUCCUUCUGGUUCCUUCUGGUCAGCAAGGAGCCUCUUUAUCUGAAAAUGCCACCUUAAGUUCAGCCUUCUCAAGUAGUCUGCUCAGAGAAGAUGAACUGCAAGCUCAACCCCAAACCAAGCAUGGCAGCAUCACUGCUCAGCUGGAUGUGCACAAGGCUCCAGAAAGAAAUCCAGUUAUCAAUGAAAAAUGGGAACUGGAAUUUUCAUCAGACAAAGAGGAUAGUGAAAAUAUCACUGAACCCUAUUUGAACUUCCAAGAACCUAGAAUUGCCCGUGAGGUCUCUAUCCGUGCUCAUCAACACAGUGAGGAACCUGAAGGAGGUUAUGUGAACUGGGGGUUCUUGGGAGAUGAUGAAAAGAGUUAUUUUAGCAACAAGUCAAGGCAGUUGUCAUGCACACAUUUUACCUCCAAUAAAGGCUGCCGUAAUCCUCAACAUGCACAGAUACAUGAAUCCAAAUCGUUUUCCUGCGUUUCUGACAGAUCAGGCUACAGUAGUGACAGCUCCCAGUCUCCUCUCCCAUUCCAGCGCAGCAUGUCAGUCUGGAUCAAUCCACGCAGGAAAAACUGGCCUUUCGGCAAGGGAAGUGGAUUCUGGUCCCGCAAAGCAGAGAAAGUGGGAAAGACCUUCAGAAUAAAAGAGCUAUCCAAAUCUGCAGAGUCACAUCAGCCAGUAUUGGCAAAGGCAAAACUUGGAAACAAAGAAAGGAAAUCGUCGAGGAAGAAACAGAAAACUCUUCAGGUGCCGAUGAUUACAGUUGAUGGUUGUCCCCAGAGCACCCAAGUUAGUUCAGAGCCACUUGAAAGCAGACCUGUGGGAGACAAAUGGGAACACAGAACAAAUGAGAUAUCUUCACCUCACUUUAAUCAGCUAAGCUUGGACCGUAUCAGUUGUCUGCGCCAGAGAAUGAAAAACCAAGAAACGGCAAGACACACGGUACAGAUUUGUGACUACCUGAGGCAAUCACAAGAGGAUUUAAAUAACAGCAUGACUUGGACUAGGAAAAAUAGGAAGAAUAAUUUGAGCCGGAGCCAUUCGUUGAGUAGUUCAGAUGGAACUCUUGAAAUCUCAUCCUCCUUAAAGACUCAAGAUCUGCACCAUCAUUACUCAGCUGUCGAAAGGAACAAUCUAAUGAGAUUGGCUCAUACAAUACCUUUCACUCCAGUUCAGCUCUUUGCUGGAGAAGAAGUGACCGUCUAUAGACUGGAAGAGAGUUCUCCACUGAAUCUUGAUAAAAGCAUGUCCACCUGGUCACAGCAUGGGAUGGCGGCCAUGAUUCAAGUGUUGUCUCGGGAGGAAAUGGGUGGAGGCCUGAGGAGGGCCAUGAAGGUCAUUUGCACCUGGUCUGAGAAUGAAGUGCUGAAGUUGGGUCAAGUCUUCAUUGUGAAAUCUUUCCUUCCCGAAGUAGUUCAGUCAUGGCAAAAGAUCUUCCAUGAUGGCACCGUGCUCAAUCUCUGCCUCAGAGAAAUACAGCAGCAAAGAGCUGCUCAGAAGUUGAUAUACACCUUCAAUCAAGUGAAGCCACAUACCAUUCCCUACACCCCAAGGUUCCUGGAAGUCUUCUUAAUAUAUUGCCAUUCAGCCAACCAGUGGCUUACAAUAGAAAAGUACAUGACUGGAGAAUUCCGCAAGUACAAUAACAACAAUGGGGACGAGAUCACGCCUAGCAAUUUGCUGGAAGAAAUGAUGCUGGCUUUUUCUCACUGGACUUAUGAGUAUACUCGAGGAGAGCUCCUUGUGUUAGAUUUGCAAGGGGUUGGAGAGAAUCUUACAGACCCAUCCGUUAUUAAACCUGAAGACAAGCACAGACCAAAAUGUGACACCCACUCUCAGCCUAGAGCUGCAAACUUAAGCAAACUUAAGCAAAUGAGAGGUAUGAUUUGGUAAAAGAUGUUGGUUCUCUCUUUUGUUCGCAGAUAUUUCGUCAUAUUUAAUUACAUCUCACUUCUUUGGUAUGUGGCGCUAUUUUGUUUUGUGUUCCUUCAUUUUAAUUUUUUUUAUUCUGCCUAAAGCUGGAAGUGGCCUAGGUCUCUCUGGACCACUGAAACUUGGUGUCCCUCAUCAUUGUUCUUGCUGGCCAGGGCUGGGAGCAGCACACAGGCACUCAAAGGCUUGGCCAGUAUUCUCUGUAAAAUGGACUGCAAACACACACACACACACACACACCCAAAGAACACACACACACACACGAAGCAUGCCCCAGAACCUUUUGCAAUUUGCAGUGUUUCUGAAAUGCAGAAAAUUCGAAAAGCGCCAUAGACAGUACAGUC